AUGACUACCGACCCUCCUUCACCUAUCAACCUAGAGAUUACAAAAGGCCCAAAACGUCCUGGAUUUUCGAGAAGGAAGGAUCAUCCAGAUGAACAGUAUUACAUUACUUUGUAUCCUGGAGUGGAUUUUAAGAUACAGCAUUCGAUAGAGAGGACGGCGCGUGAAUCGGAGUUGUCAAUCUUCCAAGCUGGACACAAGUAUCGGCUUGGUAUAUCAGGCGAGGAGAAAAUCCCACGAUGGUGGUGGGGCACUAGAGACGAGGUCCUGAGUGAUAGCGAACAUAUCAAGGAGGGGGUUGGGCCGGCCCAAGGGGAAGUGGCCAUUGUCAUAUAUGCUGAUCCUGUCGACUUCGAUGUCAUGAAUGCAUGA